AUGACGGUAAUCCACUUCUGGUUCAAUCACCUCGUUGUAGAUCGCAACACGGGCCGCGUGUACGUCGGCGCAGUCAACAGGAUCUACCAGCUGUCGCCCGAUCUGGAGGUCGCUCAGUGGAUCGUCACGGGCCCCGUCAACGACUCUGCUCUAUGUGCCUUCGAUUGCCCUUCGAACUAUAUUAAGAAACCCACGGACAAUGUGAACAAGGCUUUGGUGAUCGAUUACGCGAGUAGUCGUCUCAUCACGUGCGGUUCUGUGCUUCAAGGUCUUUGUUCCGUACGAAAUCUAAACAACAUCUCGGAUGAUGUGCGCGAAGUCGGUAAGCCCGUCGUGGCAAACGAUGCGACAGCUUCGACAGUGGCAUUCAUCGCCCCAGGUUAG